CACACGCCCCACCCUCGAGGACACCCUCGGUGUCACCCGCGCUAUGGGCCUCGCUGGAGGAUCGCUCGGCCCUUCCGGCGCCGGCGCCUCCGGCAUCCGUGCUGGUGUUCGGCUCGCCGUGUCGGGCCGUCGGCGUUCGAGUUAGCUUGUUGGCUGCGCUUUGGUUGCGGUGGCUCCGUUCUGAGGCUGUGUUGUUGUUUGCUGCUGUUCGGUUUUGUUGCUCGGGUGUGGCGUGUGUUGUCGCGGCGUUCGCCCGCCUUGCGCCGUCUCUGGUCGUCGGGCCUGUGUGCUGCUUUCGGUUCGGUUGUCUUUUGCUUUUCUGUGUUGCUUUCGUUCCGGCGCGUCGGCGUCGCGCGGGCGCUCUUGCGCCCUGGGCUUGUGUGUGUUGGCUCUCGCCGCUUGUAAGGCCCUCCUCCUUUACUUUACUUUACUUUACUUUACAUUACUUUACUCUCUUCUCUUGCUAUUCUUGCAUCCUCUCUUCCUUCUGCACAGCUUUGAAACAGUCGACGUCAUUUCUCUCGCGCUGUUUGACUUGCUUCCUUUUGUUUUAGGCUUCUUAAGGCCUACGAACCACUGUGAAGCAGUUUGCAUUUGUGGGCGUCCUCGUUUUUCGUCAGUCCACUUUGCAGCUGUAGCGCGACACUCCCUCUCCAGCGCCCUUCAGCCUAUGCCGGCUUGUGCUUUGGAACUCGACACUGCUAUGGAAUAGGAUUCUGGCGGUUCAGGAGCGUCGCCGUGGAGUUGGCGACAUUUCGCUUGUCGGCAUUUCAACAUCUCGCUAUGCAGUUGCUGGGUGAUCCUGGCUUGGCAGCGGACAGCACCCCUGCAGGUGGGGGCAACGCUGCCAGCCCGUUCUUCAGCCCCGGGCUGCAGCUCCACCUUGCCCUGUCCACGCAUAGCCUGGCGCACGGAGUGCAGGACCUGACGACUCAGCCCCAGGGCCCCAGCCUGCCUACCUACCCAGUCCUUCUGGUGGGUGCCACCACGGGGCUCCCAGAGGGCGAGCAGCUGUCCUCAGCCGGCGUCCGGGAAGUGACCAGUGCUGCCCUGUCAGUGCUGGACACCAUGUGCCGGCAGGGCAACCAGCCGCAGCUCUUGCAGGGCCACUCUCUGCACAGCACAGGCCGCCCCUCCCGCACGUUUGCGGGGCUGGCCUUCAGCCGGCGCGCGACCAGCGCCAGCAAAGCAGCCUUCACAGCGGAGCUCAUGCGCAAGUCGCCGCUGGCGGUACCGCUCCAGCGUGGUCAGGCUGUCCUCACGGUUCACGUGCCAGUGGACACCCGGCCCAUCAUUCCGGGCACCUACACCGUCACGGUCAAGAUGGUAGGGGGCCCUGUGUGGGGGGCUUUCCGCGGUCGCACCAAUUUGGUGCUGCAGGCGGGUGGCUAUCCCACCACCUCGGACCCCUCGAACCUGGCGUGUGCUUAUGUGGUCUCAGAGCAGUGCGCCAAAUCGGUGGGCCCCAAGGGGGAGCCCCAGGCCCCCGCAGGCCAGGGCAUCACCAACCACAUCUUUGCCUGUGUACGGGGCCCAGUCUGGGACCCGCAGCUCUCUCACCUGCAUUGUGCCAAGUUUGAGAUGCCAGGUGAGGAGCCCAUGCAGGUGGAGGUUCGUGGCGCCCCCCAGGCGGCUGGGACGGCCACGACAGCUGCGGCAGGCAGCCUUGCUCAGGCUGCAGCCGGGGUCGCCGACCUGGGAGGCAACACCUUGGGUGUGGUGAGGCCCGCGGCUGCCAUGGCGACCGCAGCGGACAUCGUUGACCACGUGGGGGACGUGCAGAUGCAGGAGGCGGCGGGUUUGGGUGACGCGGCGGCUGCAGCUGGUGGCGCCAGCGGGCCACACAGCAGGGCCCCGCCCCCGCUGCCAGUUCUGGUGGCGGGGGGAAGCAACCGUGCUGCUGCGGCUGCCCUGCGGGCCGCACUGCAGCAGCAGCCCUCUUCGCAGCAGCGGGUGACCGCGGGAGGGCUUAGCGGGGUCCAGCCGGCGGCAGGCGUGGGGGGGCCGCCGGCAGCCAGGCCUCGCCCUGCCGGUGCUGGGCCGGCUGGCGUGCAGCAGCAGCCCAGUGGCGCUCCCGCGCCACGGCCGCCCUUGGAUCAGCAGGCAGCCGCUGGGCAGGAUCAGGAGCAGACCGCUGUGAUGCAGCGGUACUUGGCCGAGCUGGCGGACCUCAAUCUCCAGCAGAAACGGCGGUUACAGCAACAGCAGCAGCAGGAGUUGCAGCGCCAGGGGCAGUCGCCCAGGCCCCGGACUGGCUCCCAGGUUGUGGUCCUGGCCACGCGGGGGGGGCAGGACGGGGCGGGCGGUUGCCCUGGCGUGGCGGCGUCACGGCGUGGGCAACGUGUUGACAUAGUUGACCACAUGGGGGACGUGCAGAUGCAGGAGGCGGCGGGUGUGGGUGACACAGCGGCUGCCGCGGGUGGCGCCAGCGGACCACCCGCCGUGGCCUCGCCCUCGCUGCCAGCUCUGGUGGCGGGGGGAAGCACCCAUGCUGCUGCGGCUCCCCUGAGGGCCGAGCGACAGCAGCAGCCCUCUUCACAGCAGCGGGUGGCAGCGGGAGGGCUUAGCGGGGGGCAGCCGUCGGCAGGCGUGGGGGGGCCACCGGCGGUCAGGCGUCGUACUGCCGGUGCUGGGCCGGCUGGCGUGCAGCAGCAGCCCAGUGGGGCUCCCGCGCCACUGCCACCCUUGGAUCAGCGGGCAGCCGCCGGGCAGGAUCAGGAGCAGACUGCUGUGAUGCGGCGGUACUUGGCCGAGCUGGCGGAGCUGAAUCUUCAGCGGCAACAGCGGUUACAGCAGCAGCAGCAGCAGCAGGAGCUGCAGCGCCAGGGGCAGUCACCCAGGCCCCGGACCGGCUCCCAGGUUAUGGUCCUGGCCACGCUGGGGGGACAGGACGGGGCGGGCGGUGGCGCUGGCAGGGCGGCGUCACGGCGUGGGCAACGUGUUGACAUAGUUGACCACGUGGGGGACGUUCAGAUGCAGGAGGCGGCGGGUUUGGGUGACACAGCGGCUGCCGCGGGUGGCGCCAGCGGACCACACAGCGGGGCCCUGCCCUCGCUGCUAGCUCUGAUGGCGGGGGGAAGCACCCGGGCUGCUGCGGCUCCCCGGAGGGCCGAGCGGCAGCAGCAUCCCUCUUCACAGCAGCGGGUGGCAGCGGGAGGGCUUAGCGGGGGGCAGCCGUCAGCAGGCGUGGGGGGGCCGCCGGCGGCCAGGCGUCGCACUGCCGAUGCUGGGCCGGCUGGCGUGCAGCAGCAGCCCAGUGGGGCUCCCGCGCCGCAGCUGCCCUUUGAUCAGCGGGCAGCCGCCAGGCAGGAUCAGCAGCUGAAAGCUGCGAUGCAGCGGUACUUGGCCCACAAGGCGGACCUCCAUCUCCAGCAGCAACGGCGGGUACAGCAACAGCAGCAGCAGGAGCAGCAGUGCCAGGUGCAGCCGCCCAGGCCCCGGACCGGCUCCCGGUUUGAGGUCCUGGCCACGCUGGGGGGACAGGACGGGGCGGGCGAUGGCGCUGCCACGGCGGCGCCCGGGCGUGGGCGACGGGUGCAACCAGCCGCGCACGCACCGCCGCCGCCGCCGCAGCAACAGCCCCGCUCCAAAGGGCGCGGUGGCCCCGCCCAGCUCCCGCAGCAGAGGGCAGGGCACUUGGGCGGCGGGCUGCCUCCCCCGCAGGACGGUGCUAGCUCGCCGCCGCGCGUGCCCACUGGGCGGCCGGCCGGGGGACAGCAGGCUGAUGUGCAGGGGUUUGAGUGGGCGCAGCUGGGCCACGACACGCUUGGUGGCCGCCUCCUCGCCUACCUCCGUGACCAGGGCGCCACCGUACCGGACUUGGCCGUCUGCCGCGUGCCGGCCGGCCGUACCGCCGUCCUGGCACAGCUGCGCGACGAGUUCACUGGCUGGUGGCGCCUGUACUCAGCCCAGCCUGCAGAUACACCCCUGCCUUCCGACGUGACGGAGCAGCUGGAUGACGCCGCGCAGCAGGUGCAGACGGCCUACAUGGACUACGUGCUCCUAGACGCCCGCACCCUGCGGUCCGCUAAGCGUGGGCCGGCGGACCCCGGCGGGGCCAGCGGGCCCAGCCGCCGGCAACGCCAGCACCGCAGCCGCAGUACCUCCAGCCUCAUGAGCCUGGGCAGCGCUCCAUUGCACCCCGGCGGCGCCAGCUCAGGUGACGGCGCUUGCACGCAAUGGGAGGCGGACAAGUUCUUCUUGCGGGAGGCCGCCACCAGCAUCCACCGUCGGCAUGCACGCCAGACCCGGGACGGGCUGCAUGGGGUGGUGCUGGCCGCAGACGCGGCCGCUGCCCUGGCCGACCGGCCGGGUGCCAGCGCCGCGCAGCGUCAGGCUGCGGCCAUGGCCAACUUGGCGGUGCGGGAGGAGCGGGCAGCUGCCGCAGCGGCCAGCCACAAUGCCCGCGCUGCACUGAUGGAGGAGCAUGGGGAGCGGGGCACUCGCUGGUUCCAUCGGCAGGCUGACGAGCCAGCAGCCGGCGCGCAGGAGCGCAUCACGCACUUGAAGGUGCCGGGGCAACCGGCGCCUGUGGCGCUCACGGGGCCGGGCACGCGCAACACUGUCUCCGCAGCCGCCGCAGCCAUGUACAGCAGCACCAGCCCCACCGGCCUGUUCCGCGUGCAGCCUGUCUGUACGGUGUCGCAGCAACAGCUUCUGGAGGCCAUUGACCGCAAGGUUCCGGCGGAUCUGCAGGCCGCCGCAGAGGGGUCCGGUGACGGCGCCCUCAGUGAUGCGGAGCUGAUGGCAGCGCUGGCUGGCUCCGCCAAUGGUAAAGCGCCUGGGUCGGACGGGGUCCCGUACGAGGUGUACAAGGUUUUCUGGGCGCUGCUGGGUCCGCGCUUGUGUGCUGCUGCUGCCGCUGCCUUUGCUGCCGCUGCAGACGCCCACGAUGGCGGUGAAAUGGCGGCGGCGCUGCCCGCCUCCUGGCGGGAGGGCAUCAUCACCCUCAUCUACAAGGGCAAAAGCCUGGACCGCGCCGAGCUGGCGUCCUACCGGCCCAUCACGCUGCUCAACUGCGACUUCAAGAUGGUGUCCAAGGCCGUCAGCGCCCGCCUGCAGCCCGCCCUGGAUGCAGUUGUGGAUGAGCUGCAGACCGCGUUCAUCACCGGCCGCUGGAUUGGAGACAAUGCGCUGUACCUCCAAGGCCUGAUCGAAUGGAUGCGCCUGGACGUGGGCGCGGACGGCACGCCACGGCAGGGUGGUGCGCUGUACUUCUUGGACAUUGAAAAGGCGUAUGACCGGGUGCACCGACAGUGGCUGUAUGCGUCCGCGGAGGGACUGGGGUUUGGGCCGCGCAUGCUACGCUGGAUCCGCCUGCUCACUGCCAACGGCUCUGCCCGCGUGUGUGUGAACGGGAUGCUCUCUGACGCCUUCCCAGUGCUGAACGGCUUGCCGCAGGGCAGCACCGCCUCACCACCCCUGUGGGUCAUCCAGAUGCAGCCACUGACGUCCUUUCUGCGGCGGCAGGUGGAGCAAGGGGCACUGCGCACGCCCCUGUUACCCAGCGGCGAGCAGGCGCCACCUGCUGCCCACCACGCUGACGACACGACCCUCACGGCGCGCGACCCGGCGGUGGACGGGCCGGUCCUGAUGGCGGCAGUACAGCUGUUCUGCCGCGCGUCCAACGCCCGUGUCCAUCCGGACAAGAGCAAGGCCAUGGGCCUUGGCAGGUUUGCGCACCUGACGGGCCCUUGCCCACACACGGGGGUGCCGUUUACCACUGGCGCCGUGACGCACCUGGGUGUGCCUCUGUCGUGCGACUCUGUUGCGGCUGCAGCUGACCUGUACACCCGGCGGGCUCGCGGUAUGGCGUUUGUGGCGCGUCUGUGGGCUGCCCUGUCUCUGACUCUCGUUGGCCGUGUGCACAUUGCGAAGCAGGUGCUGGCGGCGAAGCUGGCCUACCACUUCAGCUUCCUCAACCCGUCGCCUGCGCAGCUGAAGGAACUCACCGACCUGGUGGACCACUUUGCUGCGCGCUCCAUGCACGCUGAGGACGCCAGCCUGGUGUCGCACGGGAACCCGCUCCUGCUGCCAAAGCGGGAAACGGCAUGUCUGCCGUACAAGGACGGGGGUGUCAACCAUGUCGACCUGCCUGCGUUCCUGUCUGCCCUGCAAGCUAAGACUUUCGCCCUCCUUGCCCAGCCAGGCCGGCAACCCUGGAAGAUGCUCACCCGGGCGCUGCUUACCCAUGUGCGCCCGGACUCAGCCACCACGUGGGCGUGGGUGUACAGCGACGCGCCAGCGCCAGCGGGGCUGCCUGCCCGGCUGGCGGCCGCGGUCGGCCACGUGCGGAGCGCGGGUGUGGAACAGCAUCCGCCGCAGCCAGCCACUCAGCCGCCAGCGGCGCCGCCACAGUGGCGGGUUAGCCUGGACCAGCUGUGGGUGGCUAACGCUGCGGGGGCUGUGUCCUACGUCCACUACACGGGGCGGCUCUUGGAGCCUGGGCCUGGCGUGCUGCCCCCGGCGGUGGAUGGGGCGUGGCAGCCUGCCUGUGUGCUGCAGCAUCGCAAGCCGCGGCACCUGUGGACCUUUGAAGAGCGGGCGGCGUACGAUGCAGCAUCACCAGGGGAACGGGCGGGGGCGUGGCCUCGGGCGCCGUACUUCCUGGCGCCGGAGGCUGGGGUGGUGGUGCACCCGGAGCACUGCCGGAUUGCGGGUGUCAGCUUGGCGGACUACACGCCAUGCCGUGCCCAGCGCCAGCACAGCAGGCGGGGGGUUCGGGGACCCAGCCGGCGGCACAGUCGCGGCUGGUGGAGCGGGAGGCGGAGUGGCAGCGUGCAGCGGCGCAGCUGACCACCACGGCGGCGCAGCAUUUCCACAAUAACCCG